AUGGUACCACCGAUUGCACAAAACCGGACACUCCUGUCCAAUCAUCCGGAUAAAGUCCGCAUGCUUGUGCUUGAGACUGAUGAGACACAUCCCGAUACGCAAAAAGAGACAGGAUCCUUUGGGGUCGUUUUGGGCCAACUGCUCAAGAAAGCCGGAGACUCGCACAAGCCCAGUCUAGGUAUCGAGACUGCCAUGCAAUAUGUGGUCGAACCGGAAGGUGGCGCCAUACCAAAAUUGGAGGAGAUUGGUGACGAUGUCCAUGCUAUUCUUAUCACGGGUAGCUGCUGGGACGCACACGGUAACGACCCUUGGAUCCUCAAGCUCAUGCAGUUCAUCAAAGACGUGUGGCAACAUCGCCCCGAUAUCCGUUUCACAGGAAUUUGUUUCGGACAUCAAAUCCUUUGCAGGACUCUCGGCGCAACCGUCAAACCCCAGAAGGACGGUGAAUGGGAACUUUCCCAUCAGCCUAUCCAAUUAUCCGAACUUGGCCGCAACCUCUUCAACCUGCCCGAGACGGAAUCCAAGAUCCAUCUUCACCAAAUGCAUCUCGACCACGUCGUCAAUCCUCCGUCUACUGAGACGACCGAUCUGAUACCGAAGAACACCAAGGUACAUGUCUGGGGUACCAGCGAUCAUACCGGCGUACAGGGCGUGUACAUUCACAAGAGGCUGUUUACCACGCAAGGCCAUAUGGAGUUUGAUGAGGCUCUUGUUAAGAGACAGCUGGAGAUGAGGGUCGAGAGUGGAAGUGUCAGCAAAGAGAAUGCAAACGAAGCCGCUGAGAGAGCGGAUUGGACGCAUGAUGGCCUUCUCGUUGCGCAGGCAGUCUUGAGAUUCUUCCACGGUGACGACGACAUAUACACGUAG